AUGCGAUCAGUCAGCCUUCUCCGCGCCUCUUCCAAGGCUUUCAGCGACACGAGCGCUGCACGAUGCCUUUCCACCUCGGCGACUUCUAGGCUCGCACAGCCCGCUGCUGCCGCUGCUACCGGUGCGGCGAAGGCGCAACUCAGCCAGAUCGCACUCUCUCGAGCCAAGGAUGUCGAGUCGAACUGGCAGGGAACCUCGAUGCUCGGUGGUACGACCAAGAACUAUAUUGACGGCAAGUUUGUCGAAUCUUCCACCUCGUCGUGGCUCGACGUCAACGAUCCUUCCACUCAAGCUCUUCUUUCCAGGGUUCCACUCACUACCAAGUCCGAGUUUGAGGCUGCUGUCGCCAACGCCCAGGCCGCUUUCCCGGCGUGGAGGGAGACCAGUCUGCUUAGCCGACAGCAGGUCAUGUUCAAGCUCCAGGCUCUUCUGCGCGACCACAUGGACGACAUUGCCAACGCCAUUGUUCUAGAACAGGGCAAGACGUUUGCUGAUGCUAAGGGCGAUGUGCUUCGUGGCCUUCAAGUCGUUGAAGUCGCUUGUGGUAUCACCAGUACUUUGAUGGAGGAGCGCAUCGAGGUGUCCAAGGACAUGGACACCUAUGCUCGUCGUGAACCUCUAGGUGUCACUGCUGCCAUUGCACCCUUCAACUUCCCCGCUAUGAUCCCUCUCUGGUCCAUCCCCAUGGCGACUGUUACGGGCAACACGCUUGUCCUCAAGCCCUCGGAGCGCGUUCCAGGUGCCUCGAUGAUCAUUGCUGAACUCUGCGAGCGAGCUGGCAUGCCCAAGGGUGUGCUUAACGUCGUCAAUGGUGCCGUCGACAUUGUCAAUGGUAUCUGCGACGAUCCGCGCAUCAAAGCCAUCUCCUUUGUCGGCUCCGACAAAGCCGGUGCGCACAUCUACAAUCGCGGCACUGCUAACGGCAAGCGCGUUCAGGCCAAUCUGGGUGCUAAGAACCACGCCAUCCUCAUGCCCGAUGCGAACAAGAACUUUGCGCUCAACUCGAUCGCAGGUGCUGCGUUUGGUGCGGCUGGUCAGCGAUGCAUGGCUCUUUCUGUUGUAGUUGCUGUUGGUGAAGCGCAGUCGUGGGUGCCCGAGCUGGUGGAGCGCGCCAAGCAGCUCAAAAUUUCUGGAGGAUUCGAAGAAGGUGCUGAUCUGGGACCACUCAUCUCGCCUCAAGCACGCGAGCGCGUCCGUUCGCUCACUGGUAGCGUCGAACAGGAAGGUGGCAAGAUCCUUCUCGACGGUCGCGAUUUCUCGUGUCCCGACUAUCCCAACGGCAACUUUGUCGGUCCUUCCGUCAUCGAAGCUGGCCCUGGAAUGAAGGCCUAUGACCAGGAAAUCUUCGGUCCUACCCUCGUCGUCCUCAAAGCCGAUACGCUCGACCAAGCUAUCGACUACAUCAACAAGAACAAGUACGGCAACGGUGCGGCUAUCUUCACCACCAACGGUGCCACGGCACGCAAGUUCGAAAAGAACGUCAAUGCCGGUCAGCUGGGUGUCAAUGUUCCCGUUCCUGUGCCGCUGCCCAUGUUCGCAUGGAGCGGCAACAAGGGUAGUGUGAUGGGCGACAUUGGCUUCUAUGGUAAAAGCGCGUUGAACUUCUACACGAGCUUCAAGACGAGCACCAGCUUGUGGAGGAGCGAUGACGCUCAGUUGAGCGAGAAGGCUAGUGUUAACAUGCCCACGAUGUCGUAA